AUGGCGAAAGAGGAUUCUGGGUCAUCCUCCGAGAGCGAGGAGGACAAGGAGUCUCUGGAUGACAAGCUGAAGAGGAUAACAAAGCUGGGCAAGGAGGGGAAUGUGGAAGGCCUGGUGAAGGAGGCAAAAUUGGCGGACUGCUCACCAGAGAUGGUGUCCUUUGCUUCUAGGAAGGCGAAGGACCUUGGCAACUUGGCCUUCCAGAAGAAAGACUAUGAGCAGGCGCUGGAGUACUAUGCCGGCGCACUCUUAGGGGAUGCGCCGGAAAGGUACAAGAUCUACAGCAACCGCUCUGCGUGCCAGUUCCAGCUUGGAAAGUACACCGAGGCCUUGGUCGAAGCCACCAAGGCCAUCAAAGAGAACAGAUCCUGGUCCAAGGGUUACUUCCGCGCAGGCCGCGCGGCCUUAGAGAUGGAAUACUACCAGGAAGCCCUGGAGAUGUUUGAGAAAGGCCUGGAGAAGGAGCCCAGCAACAAGGACUUGGUUGUUUGGACGCAGAAGGCCCGUGACAUCCGCAACCAGCAUAAUCAGGAGAAGUUGGUCAAGAAGCACACCACGGAUUACUCCAAGUUUGACGCGCUGAUGCAGCAGCAAAAAGAAGAGGAAGAUGAGGAGGAGGCUGCGAAUGACCCAAAUCGGAUCAUCCUCGGAGACAAGUACUACUCAUCUUCAAAGAUGGAGCAGCGCCAACUGAAGGCGAUGCUGGGCUACAAGGAGCCUCCGCCACCUCCGUUCGAGCCCAAGUUCGACAUGGAGGUCAUCUACAGGCACGACAACCGUGGCGCCAAGACGCAGCAUCCCAUUUGGGAUCCGACCACUCGUGAGUGGCGCAUCGACGCCAAGCCAGCACCGAGCCGCGUGGACUACAGCGACUCUCAACAAGCGCAGGCUAUUGCCUUGUUCCUGGAGAGACAGAGUGAGGUCCAGCAGGCAGAGGAGCUUCUGAACCUGGUCGACCAGCACGCAUCCCCUGUGGAUGCAUAUGUCAAGGCUGUACGGGAUAUUGUGGGACAGCUGAUGGGCGCCACCAACGCAGAUGGCACGCGGCAGAAGCACAGCAUGCUCGGGAAUGACGCGAGGUGGCUGUUUGUGGGUCUUGGGACCUGCCUGCCAUUGCUGACCGCGGCAAGGUACCUCCCCACUUCCGAGAUCGUCGCAAACACCGCGCAUCGCGCGGCAUACAUCGCGGACCUCUACAUGACCAUUGCUCGUGAGAACGGCUUGAAGUCGCAGCAAGUGAAGUUUGUUCAUCGCCCGUCUCACGAGCUUGCUGUCGUGGACCCUGACGGAACGGAUGAGAACAACUUGACUGGUCGGGUUGACGUUGCAGUGCUCGACUACGAGCUCUUCGAUCCGGGCCUAAUCGGCAAGGGGGUCCUGGCUAGGGUGAACCAUGUGAAGAAGAAGUUGGUGACCGCUGACCACAUGAUUCUUCCCAUGGGUGCUCAGAUCCUCUGUGCACCCUGUGAGAUGAUGUGUCCGCGGGGCGACGGGCCGGAUGGCCUGGACUGGCAGGCCGGGGAUGACUCGCGCUGGGGCGCCUUCUACGAGGCCGGCAACUUUGAUGGUGGCCUUCGGGAGUGA